AUGUCUCCGUCACCUCCCGCCGCCAAACAGGAAUCCAUCUCCGAGCCAUCCCCGGAAGUCACCCCGGCCCCAAACGCGUCUGUGGCCGCCCCCGCAACGAAACGUCCCCGCCAGCGUGGACCCCCGACGAAGCACUCCGACACUACGAGCCGAUAUUCAAUAAGCCAGGACAACGACCGCCUCUACAAGCUCAGAGAGGAGGAGCGCAAGACUUGGCAGGAGAUUGCUGAAGUCUUCAAGAAGGAGGGGAGGGGGAAUCUCACGACGAACGUCAUUCGCGUGAGAUUCUACCGCCUGAAAGAUAAGACUGUGGUGUGGGGCGAUGACGAGGUUAGUACUUGCAUCCUCCUCCGGGAUAGGGGGAAAAGGGAGUUGAGGGGGCUAAUAUGGCGGGUAGAUUGAGAGAUUGAAAGCUGCAAUUGCAGAUGUUGACAAGAGGAAGUGGGAGCUUGUGAGCGCGAAGAUGGCAGAAUUGGGAGGCGCCGAGGGACGAAGGUUUCCUGCCGCUGUGUGCGAGAGGAAGGCGAAGGUGAUCUAA